CAAUUGAAUGGGCUCGUCAACUGCUAUUAUAGGAAGAGCAUCAUUACAUUUUUAAAAUUCUCAUCUUCACGAUAAACUUGUUCAAACCGCCCAGAUUAGGCACAACAAUAUCGAGAAUUGUUUUGGAAGCAAUGAUCCAGAGUCCUGCGUUUAUCGUGUUUUGGGUAUUCACAAUCAAUCCCGCCUUUGCCCAACCAUUGCCGAGCCAUGAAAUCGAAGAACAAGCGCAGAAAAUAACCGAUCCUGGGAAAAUUGCAUACUCUUUGGUCUCCCUGCUAUCCGUCGGUUUCCUUUCUGGUAUGCUAGCUACGCGAAUAAGAACACUCAGUCUUAAUCAAUGGAAGACUUUGAACUGCUUGCGCUCGCUGAUAUUAGCUAUCUACAUUCUGGGGAUUUCUUUUGUUUUUUCCAGUGCGGUUCUUCACAAUGGUUUUGAGCUCACCACGCCUGCUUUGUGCUACACCGGAAUUCUAAUAUGUCUCGUUUUUUAUUUUGGAGGUAAAGUUCUACUUUACGUCUUUCUCGUGGAGCGAGCAUAUUCAAUCAAAUCAUUUGAAGUUAAGCGGCUUCAGAGCUGGGUUUGGAAACUUGGAAUGCUAGGAAUUGCCAUUGGCUUUUUCCCUAUUGGUGUUGCGGCAUUUCUGAACCCUAUACAUGACAUUUCCCCCGCGGACGGGAUGUGUCGGAUUGGUCUUCCAUUGAAAAUCACAGUACCGUUGCUCGUUUACGACGUUCUUAUGAAUAUUAGUCUUACCGGAGUAUUUUAUUGGCUUGUCAGGCAGUUUUUGCCUCAUGGCUUGCUUCUCGCAUCGCCUUGCUGGGUACAGAGGCUGGCUUUGCGUAUCCGCAUCAGCGAUCCUGGUGAUUUUCAGCGAAUGGAGCAAGUCGCGGCAAUUGAGAAGGUGGUGUUCAAGUCUUUCAUUGGAGCGGUUGCUAUUGUUGUUCCUACUAUUGCCAAUCUUGCGCUGCUCUACUGGGUCCAUGGUCGGGAGCAACCUUGGCUAUGUUUCACCAUGUGCACCAUCGACGUGACCUGGAGCGCUCUUGUCUUACAAUGGCUGACGGCAAAUCCUGCGGAGCUGGAUGGCACCGUCUCUGGAGGUGCAACAAGCACCCUAUCUUCAAGUCAGUCUGCAAAUAUGAACAGCAGAAUGGGCAUAAAUGGCAUGGCGGGAGCAGUAUCAUAGCAGCAUGCAGAUAAAUUUCACUGCGGCAAUGCAUAAUUUCAUAAUACAAUUAGAAAAUUUACCGGGC